UUAAUGAAGAAAAAAAAUGAUGGUCUGUGAGACUCAUGUCACGCAAAUUGCCCGGCCAUCCCAAUACCCGCCAACCGCGCUCCGUCGCUAUCUUUACUAGAUCAGAAAGAUCAAUCAUUCUUAUUUCUAAUCUUAUUUUCGGCCUUUAUUUCGCAUUUGGUGGGCAAAAAAAAUCCGUUCUUCCCCACCCAACCCCCCAGUUACCAUCUCAUAUUGCGUGGCUGCUGCAUAUAUAUUCUCCGGUCUCUUCCCUGUGCUUAGAAGAGAUUGAUUGAUCAGAAGCCAUGGAAGCAGCAAGGACUGCAAGAACUCCUGGAAAGCGCAACCUCAGCAAGAAAGCCUCCUCUUCCUCAUUCCGCCUCCGCAGCGAGAGUCUGAAUUCCCUUCGUCUCCGCCGCAUAUUUGAUACCUUUGACAAGAACAACGAUGGCAUAAUCACCGUCGAUGAACUUAGCCGUGCCCUCAACCUUCUUGGCUUGAACGUCGACCCCACUGAGCUCGAAUUCACUAUCAAAUCCUUCAUUCGAUCGGGCAACCGCGGCCUCGAAUUCGAAGAUUUUUUAUCAUUACACCAGUCCCUAGAUGACACCUACUUUAGUGGGUGCAAUGACGAUAUCGAUGAUGAUAAUACCGUAGCAGCAACAUCAUGUGAUGGUACUGGUGCAAGUAUGGACGGUAAGGAGGAGAAGAAGAUGAUGUCACAGGAGGAAUUAGACCUUUCGGAGGCAUUCAAGGUGUUCGAUGAGGACAGGGAUGGUUACAUAUCGGCCAGAGAAUUGCAGGUGGUACUGGGGAAGUUGGGAUUCUCAGAAGGAAAUGAGAUUGACAGAGUUGAGAAGAUGAUCACCUCAGUUGAUCGCAAUCGAGAUGGUCGGGUUGAUUUCUUUGAAUUCAAGGAUAUGAUGCGUAGCAUUCUGGUUCGGAGCUCUUAACCAUCGAUCGAUCAUUCUCCAUCCUUAAUUUCCAAAUUUAUGCAUCCAUGCAUGCAUGCUUAUUCCCAUUUUUGUGGUUUCCUGGUGUAUAUUAAUCAUAUUAUCUUUAAUGCAUCAGACUCAUACGUACUAGCAUUUGGUUUUGGUGUUGAAAUAAUUAAUCAAAUUGUCUUGAUCAUC